AGUCCAGCUGGUGGCGGAGGAAGGGAGAAAGGCAGUAAGCGAUACCGCCGCCUCGCGGCCUCCCCAGACCCGGCAGCGGGAAACCGCCUCCCAUUUCACGUGGCCACGAGCCUUUUCCGAACCCACUGCCGACGUUUCCUAGGGAACCGACGUAUUCUCUUUCCUGGGGUGAGUUGUGAGAGCAUGUGUGGAAAGGGCAUCUAUUCGAAACUACAUAUCCCAUGAGGCCCCUAGAACUCCGGGCGCCCCACGUUCCCCUUUACGCCUCCCUUCCCUUCAACUUCUCGACCCCGGAAAUUCUGCUCUGCGUCCUGGAACGCUAUAGGACUACUUUUCCCAGGAUUCCACCGGCCCCCUCCAAGGUGACGUAAGCGGACAACGCGAGAGGAGGAAACCUGGAGGGUGGGGGUGCGUAUUCCAGACUGUGCAGACGUAGAGGAGGAAAGCCCGUCCUGAGGUCCUAGUGCGUGCAUGCGUAGUGCGUGUGUCGUAGUACGUAAGCCGACCUCUCGGCGCACGCCGAUUCCCUCUUGCUUCCCUUGCUAGCAAUCAAGGGAUUCCAAGGCCCGGUGGCGCGUGCGACCCGCGUGUCCGUUGGCGGCCGCCGUAGCCACCGCCCCCGCCGCUGCUUCCGCUUCCUCCGUGCAUCGAGCCGCGUGCCAUGAAGCCGGGAUUCAGCCCCCGAGGGGGUCGGGGUGGGUUUGGAGGGCGUGGAAGAGGUGGUGACCGAGGAGGCCGAGGAGGCUUUGGAGGAGGCCGAGGAGGUUUUGGAGGACGUGGUCGAGGUGGCUUUGGAGAUCGAGGGGGCCGAGGAGGUGGACGAGGAGGGUUCCAUUCACCUGGUGGUCGGGGCCGAGGCACUCCCCGAGGCCGGGGCCGAGGUGGUCGAGGAGGUUUCCAAGGAGGAAAGAAGGUUACUGUAGAACCUCAUCGGCAUGAGGGAGUUUUUAUUUGUCGAGGAAAGGAAGAUGCUCUUGUCACAAAGAACAUGGUACCAGGAGAGUCAGUUUAUGGAGAGAAGAGAAUCACUGUAGAGGAUGGUGAGGCAAAGUUGGAGUACCGCGCUUGGAACCCAUUCCGAUCAAAGCUGGCCGCUGCCAUCCUGGGUGGAGUAGAUCAGAUUCACAUCAGACCUGGAGCCAAAGUACUCUACUUAGGAGCAGCUUCAGGCACCACCGUCUCACAUGUCUCUGAUAUUGUGGGCCCUGAAGGCCUAGUCUAUGCUGUUGAGUUUUCUCAUCGAUCUGGCCGAGACCUCAUCAAUGUGGCCAAGAAGAGGACAAACAUCAUUCCUGUCAUUGAGGAUGCACGACACCCCCACAAAUACCGAAUGCUUAUUGGGAUGGUGGAUGUGAUUUUUGCUGAUGUGGCCCAGCCAGACCAGUCCCGAAUUGUGGCUCUCAAUGCCCACAACUUCCUGCGCAAUGGUGGACAUUUUGUAAUCUCCAUCAAGGCCAACUGCAUAGACUCCACAGCCUCCCCUGAAGCUGUGUUUGCCUCGGAAGUGAAGAAAAUGCAGCAGGAAAACAUGAAGCCCCAGGAACAGCUCACCUUGGAGCCCUAUGAGCGGGACCAUGCUGUGGUGGUGGGCGUAUACAGGCCGCCCCCCAAGCAGAAGGAAGCAGCUGCCAAGUAGCGCCUGCCUCUCUCGAUCCCUGCCCCGCCCUCAUUUUCUACUCUAGCUGUUUUGUCAGAUCUUUGUAUUUUCUAUUAAAAGGCGUGACCCCA